CAGGAUUGAUAUCUACAGUUUCAUCCAGUUGGAUACAUCUUAUUGAAGUUUUAUAAAACCUUUUCCAAGAAUAGUGUAUACUGUUAAAUAUCUGCUAUCUUUCAAAUACCACAAUCCUGCUAGCCCAUGCUGACAAUUAGCCUGAACACGAGCAGCCGUGACUCACACAGUCAACACCCCAGAUAUAAACUCCCUCAAAUCCCCUCAACCAACAAUCCCACCAAGACACUGCUUAUUUACUCCUCCUCCUACUAGGUCACCUAAAACUCAUCCAACCAUGUCAUCAACAACAAUAACCCCCGCAGCGCCAACCGACUCCCCAGUCAUAAAGGCCCUCGUCAUAGCCGCAUUCACAAAAUACAUCGAGCGAAUGGGCAAACCCCCUGCGCCAAUGCUCGCAGACUACACCAAUCUCAGCGGUGUCUUCAUCCUUACUGCGACUGCACAACCGACCCAAACCCAGCUAAACGCUGGCAGUAACACAAUCCUCGGCUCUGUAACCCUCACCGAAGAGCCAGAGACAGACUCAAUCAGAGUCAACAAUCUGGUCGUGGACCCCGCAAUGCAAGGACGGGGGUAUGGACGCGUUCUCCUUGAGUUUGCGGAGACGAGGGCGAGGGAGGCUGGGAGGGGGGCGCUUACGUUGGCGACGAAUGUGAAGAUGACCGAGAAUAUAGCGCUGUAUACGAAAAUAGGGUUUGUGGAGAUUGGGAGGGCGGUCCAGGAUGGGUAUGAGAGGGUCUUUAUGAGGAAGGUUUUGGUUUAACCUAAGCUAGGUAUAGGGAUGAGGAUACAGUUAUGCGAUAGACAACAAGCCCUGUCAUAAAUAUAUACCCAAUACUCCAAAUUACGCCCGCAUAUCAGGUUAGAGCAAUUAAAGCA